CUCAAAUUGCAGCUCGAAACGGUUCUAUACGGGUGCUGCUCCGCAGGUUUUGGUUUGGCUGUGCAAGUGCUAGCAAAUUAGUAAAGUUUAGUGAAAAAGUGAAAUACAGAAAAAAGUGCCGAACGAUGAGUCAACGAAGCUGGAUUAUUUGGGUGCUAGCUGUGGUUCUUCUCAUCGGAGGAACCAGUGCGGCCAAAGUAUCCUGCGUCAAAUGCAGCAGUGCAGAUAACACAAAUUGCGCCGCCGGAACCGUCACUGCCACGGAAUGUACCACCGAUGACGACAAAUGCUACUCCCGGGUCAAUGGUGACAACGUAGAACGGGGUUGUUUGCAUGACCUCGUUGCAGCCGACCAAACCAAAUGCGAGACCCCGACAGAUUUAACGUGCGUAGCCUGUACCGGAACCGGGUGCAACAAGGACGCGUGGCUGAAGUGUCACAAGUGCGAAGGCACCACCUGCUACGUGGAGCAACCGGAGGACAGCACCACCAAGUUCUGCGCUAAAUUUAGCGCGGAGGAUGUCUGCUAUUCGAAGGUGGAAGUAGAUAAAGUUCAACGAGGCUGCAAGUCAGAUUUGACCGAUUUCGCCACCGAAUGCACAGCCUUCAAGUACUGUGAAACCUGCACAGGCAACGCUUGCAACAAGUUAUCGGGUGACGUUUUGAAAACCUACAAAAAGUGCCUCCAGUGUGACUCUUCAGCCGCCAACUGUGUAGAUGUGACGGCAACCGCCACCGAAUGUGCGCUGCGAGAGGAUCUCUGUUAUACCCGAGUUGCGAACUCAGUACUCCAACGAGGUUGUCUCUCAAGACUCACCGAAGCCGAGCAAACCGUAUGCAGCAAAGCGGAUGACACCACGUGUGUGACCUGUUCGACCGACGGUUGCAACAACGAAUCCUGGCUUAAGUGCUACCAGUGCCAAGAAACAACUACAGCUGCCUGUGCUCAGGAGCAAACCGCCGCGGCACCCUUCUGCAAGAAUUGGAAAAGCUAUAACCAAUGUUUCGAGAGACUAGAGUCCGCCAAAAUGGUUCGCGGCUGUGAAACCGAUCUUGCCGCCACAGCCGAGCCCUGCAAAGACAACCAAAAGUGCCGAACCUGUACCAAGGAUGGCUGCAACAAGGCAGCCACAGCCACACUGGAAUCAACCGAGCGGUGUGUCCAGUGUGACACUGACAAAGUAGAAUGCCUGAAGGGUACCGCCGCUAACGAACCGUGUGCAAAAGCGUCGGAAAAUAAAUGCUACUCCCGAGUGAAUGCUGAUGGUGUUCUGACUCGUGGCUGCAAGGGUGAUUUAACGGCGGCAGAUGUUACAGCUUGCACUGGUAAGGCGUGCAACAUUUGUGAAGGUGUGGGUUGUAACAAAGACGUCUUCCCUACGGAUCGACUCAGUUGCUACCAGUGCAAAACUACCGACUCGGACAAGACAUGCUCGGAUCAGUUAACCGGUGAAUCAAAGGCUGCCUACUGCAAAAAAUACAAGGAAGGAGACCAGUGCUACACUCGAAUCCUGGACGGAAUCUUUGAGCGAGGCUGUCAGUCAGAUCUGGCGAAAACGGCGUGCGACGGACUCAAGGAUACCGAGUGUCAGUCUUGCAGCGGGGAGAACUGCAACGGAGUUUCGGAAGAGAAGCUGAAAAAUGCUGCCGGUUUAACGACGGUUAGCUCGCUGCUGCUGGCCCUGUCCUCAUUGGUUGUGGCACUGAACGCCCUCAACUGAAGCAUAGGUGUGUGGUUUAGUGUUUUAGUGAUAGUUGUUUUUGUGAUGUAAAGUUGCGCUUUAAAAGAAUGGUUUUAUUUUUUUAAGAUCUCUGUCUCAAAUAAAUACCAUCGAGAAUGUUUGCGAUAGAAA